CCCAUUUUUUCAAUUCCUCCACUUUAAUCAUAUUCCCCUUCUCAACCAUACACCUAAAGUUAUAAUAAUAAAACCCAAAACCCACACUAAUCAUAUCACUUUACAAUCAUAUUAUUCCCCUUCUCAAUUUCUCUCUUUCUCAAAAUUCAUGGACACAGGACAAAAUAGAAGGUGAGAGAAUGAGAGAAAAAAGAGAGAGAGAGAGAGAGAGAGAGAGAGAGAGAGAGUUUUCACUCUGACACUCUUUUUUAGAAUUGAAACAGAGAAGCAAACAAACAUUGUUAUAUUUUUAAAAACACUCUUUUAGUCUUGUUUGCUAACCCAAACCUUCCCGCCCAUGAAACAUGAACACUAAAGCUCAUCCUCUGCUUUCUUCCUUAGCCUCUCUGGUUUUCUCUGUUUUCUUCUUGUCCCAUGUAGCUCUAUCUUCUUCUUCUCCUUCGCUCAACGACACACAAUCUCUCACCCACUUUCGCCUCCAGACCGAUUCACAUGGCAACCUCCUCACCAACUGGAGUGGCUCCGACGCCUGUGCUGCUUCUUGGCGUGGAGUCCGAUGCUUCAGUGGCAGAGUCAUCGCGCUUUUCCUUCCGUCUCUCAAUCUCAGAGGUCCUCUCGACUCGCUCGCGCCGCUUGACCAGCUUCGAGUUCUCGACCUCCACGAUAAUCGCUUGAACGGCACCGUUUCGCCUCUACUCAACUGCACCAACCUCAAGCUUCUCUACCUCGCCGGAAACGACCUCUCUGGAGAUAUGCCUUCUGAUAUCUCCUCUCUAAGACGGCUGCUCCGGCUCGACCUCUCCGAUAACAACAUUCGCGGUGAGAUCCCAAAGGGGCUCUCCAAUUUGACCCGACUCCUCACGCUUCGGCUCCAGAACAAUUUGCUUUCGGGGAAAAUUCCCGACCUGUCUUCGUCGCUCGUAAAUCUCAAAGAACUGAACUUGACGAACAACGAGCUAUAUGGAAGCUUACCAGACAAUUUGUUGAAGAAAUAUGGUGAGGGAAGCUUUUACGGGAACGAAGGGCUUUGUGGGUCGAACCCAUUACCUACUUGUUCGUUCACAGCGACGCCAUCCUCAGAGGACCCUGCUCAGACUGUGCCGUCCAACCCGAGCUCAUUGCCCCAAGCACCCAUAAUCGGCGAAACCAAGAAGCAUUCACGGAAGGGACUAAGUCCUGGAGCUAUAGUAGCCAUUGUGAUUGCGAAUUGCGUCGCGUUGUUGGUGAUAAUUUCAUUCGUCGUGGCCCACUUCUGUGCCAGAGAUCGGAGUUCGAAUUCCAUGGUGGGUAGUGAAAAUGGGAAGAGAAGAAGAAGUGGGAGUAGCUAUGGCAGUGAAAAGAGAGUGUACGCUAACGGAGGUGCAGAUAGCGAUGGGACCAAUGCUACGGAUCGUAGCAAGCUUGUAUUUUUCGAUAGGAGGAAGCCAUUUGAGCUCGAGGAUUUGCUCCGAGCGUCUGCCGAAAUGCUUGGGAAAGGAAGCUUGGGGACCGUUUAUAAGGCGGUGCUCGAUGAUGGAUCUACGGUGGCUGUGAAGAGACUCAAGGACGCUAACCCAUGUGCUCGGAAAGAUUUCGAGCAAUAUAUGGAUGUAAUAGGGAAGCUUAAGCACCCAAACAUAGUGAGACUAAGAGCUUACUACUACGCUAAGGAGGAAAAGCUUCUGGUCUAUGAUUAUCUUCCCAACGGAAGCUUGCACUCACUUCUUCAUGGAAAUCGUGGUCCUGGUAGAAUUCCUUUGGAUUGGACGACAAGGAUAAGCUUGGUAUUGGGUGCAGCUCGUGGGCUUGCUAAGAUUCAUGAAGAAUAUAGUGAUUCAAAGAUACCACAUGGAAAUGUUAAAUCUUCGAAUGUGCUACUCGACAAGAAUGGUGUGGCUUGCUUCUCUGACUUCGGACUGUCUCUGCUUCUCAACCCAGUUCAUGCCAUAGCAAGAUUGGGAGGGUACAGAGCUCCAGAACAAGCAGAGGUCAAGAGGCUCUCUCAGAAAGCCGAUGUGUACAGCUUCGGUGUGUUGUUAUUGGAAGUUCUUACAGGGAGAGCUCCGUCCCAAUACCCUUCACCGACUCGGCCUCGUGUUGAGGAAGAAGAACAAGCAGUGGACCUCCCAAAAUGGGUUCGAUCAGUGGUGAAGGAAGAGUGGACAGGGGAGGUGUUCGAUCAAGAGCUUUUGAGGUACAAGAACAUUGAAGAAGAACUUGUGUCUAUGCUCCAUGUGGGGUUGGCAUGUGUGGUUCCACAGCCCGAGAAGAGGCCUUCAAUGGCAGAAGUGACUAAGAUGAUUGAGGAUAUCAGGGUGGAACAGUCUCCUCUCGGAGAGGAUUACGACGAAUCUCGCAAUUCGCUUUCGCCUUCACUUGCCACCACAGAAGAUGGGCUGCCUUGAUCAGUUGCUGUUCUUCAUCGUCAUCUGUUUCAAUAUUGCAUCAUCUCAUUGCGAAUUGCUGCUAUUGCAGGGCUCUCCGUUCUCAAAAGUUGAAAGUUGUGGUUGUCUAAUUAUGGUCUGUAAUAUCUGUAAGUUUAUGGUUUUGAAUCGUUGCCGUGGGGAGAGAUUCAUGAUCUUUGCCUACUCAACGAGAACAUAGUUUCGUUUUUAGUUUUUCAAUUAUGUAAUGUAGCUUUCUUCAUUUUUA